AUGCCGAUUUCUGAAGGCAUCGUUAGUAAGCACAUCUGGCAUUUUCCCUCGCUCUGAUAAUCAGGAUUCUGUUGUUGGUCGAGCAGUAUAAAUGCAGGACAAUAUUGCUCUCCAGCUACAGACAAGGGUUACCUGCCAAACAGGGAAGAUAAAAGUCAGUCAAAAGGAAAAGCGCAAAAGGUAUAGUCUGCAUGCCACUCCUGAAAUUUUAUAGAUAAAACUAAAUAUAUAAUAAUAAUUUAUAUCUGUUUUUAUUCAGACAGUGCAUGUUUUUAACUAAUUUUGGCGUCCUUGUUUUGGGGAUCAAAAUCAAUAUGUGUACAGUAUAAUAUUUAUACGGACAAUAUGAUAUAAAGGAAAAAUUUGAAUAUUAUAUUUGCUUGAAAAAUCAUUUCUCAUCGUAAAAUUAGGAUAAUCCAUCUGCUGAAAACUUCCUUUUGCUCAGUCUCAACUACGCAUUUAUAGAAAAACCUGUUUGGGAUCAGCAAAUAUGAACAUAUCGUUUUUUACAGUUUUAAAACUACUGUUUUAAAUUAAGGACAAGUAACUAAAAUGUGGCUGCUCUUCAUCCUGUUCCUGCAAACUCGUUUUAAUGUUGUCCUAAUCAUUUUCAAUUUUUUAAUUAAUUAAAAACAACAACAUAACAAAACAAUUUUGUGACAGGAGUCUUGCUGCAUUUAAAUGCUUUUCCGGCUGUUUCUUUUGGAAAAAAGUUGUCUGUUAAAAGUUAAACUUAUCUGUCUAUAGUUCAAAACAUAAUUCCCCCUGUAAUGCCAUUUUUAUGAAUGCUAUUGUAUUGACUAUAUAUAAUUUGUACACAUGCAGUACUCAGAACAACGAGCAUGGCAAACUAAUCGUUUUGCAAUUCUAAAUUUGUUUAGGGAGUCACCAAGAUGAAAGUCGUUGCACUAAUUCUUGUCAUUCUUCCGAUAUACUUUGAAGGUACGUCUCUGAACGAUUGAAUUUCAAUAUUAGCUUAUGCUCGGAACUAAGUGUAGGACUGUAAAAGCGAGUGUAAAAGUAUACCGUAAACCAGCGAACCGUUGUGAGCGAUUUUGCGAUCAUAUUAAUUUUUUAUUAACAAGUAAUUUAUUAUUACAUUCUGAACCUUUUCAGAAAGUUUUUUAAAAGUUUCCAAUCUAUUCUUUAAAGCCAAAUUUUUGUUUCAAAAACUACGCUGGCGAUUUUUUUCAAAUUUAAAUAUACGACUCCUUAACUAUAUUAUCAGCGUUUCACGUCAGCAUGAAAAACGUCUAUUGCGUACUCGCCUUUUCAGAACUUGUUCUCGAGCUACGCCUAUAUAUAUAUAGCGCGUAGGAUAGCUAAAAGUGCUAAACUUUAAAUUAUAUUUUGCCGUUCGGUAAAAAAAAAUUGGAAAACAAUGAUUGCGUUGCCAUUGCUCACGCGAGCAACACGCGCGCACGAGCUUGCGUUUAGUGUUAGCGUAGUGCAGAAGACUUCGUGUUGAAACAGUGUUUGAAAAUAAAGGCGAGAAGUUGCUGCAUGCAUGUAUUUCGAGUGAGUGCAUGGUAUCACCUAAGAAGAGUAGCUGCCCUACAGAAAACUUCAUGUGCUUUGUGUUGAUAGAAUUGUUAUUUCCCAUUCUUUAUCAUGCAUAUUUUCCGCAAUAUAUUGCCAUGAACGUCCAGCCCUUUCCAUUUAUCAUGUGUCUUAUAAUCCUCUCGUUCGGUAUUAAAUUAUAAAUUCUUUGCAAAGGGCAUUAAAUCAAACGUAUAGUGAUUAAAUGAUUGGCCCAUGUAAGGUAACCCAUGCCCUCCUUGGAUUCCGGAUUCUGCUCAUUGGAUUCCUGAUUCCAAAUCGGCUGUGGAUUCCGGAUUCCGCUCCUCGGAUUCCGGAUUCCACUCCUUAGAUUCCGGAUUCCACUACUUGGAUUCCGGAUUCCAGAUCGGUUGUGGAUUCCAGAUUCCAGAAAAUUGAUGCAGGAUAAGGAUUCUGGUUUCCUCCGAUGUUUAGUUCUGAAUUCCAGUGUCUAUUUAUAAUAACUUUCGCCCUUCCCAAUAUAGCAAGCAAUUAACAAUUUUUGGUUGGUUGGAAAGACCAGAUCAGAAAUCCUUAUAAAUCGUGCAAAAUUCAAAUUAAUAUAUUUACUCGCCCAAUUUUCUUUUCCGCUUUCUGCGCGUAUUGUUCCUAACCGCUUUUAUCUUCAUCUUUUUUAAUUAGCAAAUCGUAGCUCAAUAUAAUUGUAGUGUAGCCGUUUGAGGAAUACACUGCAAAAAAUGAAAUACUUGGAAAGAUUUUUUUUCCUAAUUUAAGAUAAUUAUUCUUAUAUCAAGAUUAUAUUUCUUGUUUUAAGAAUAGUUAUCUUGGUUUAAGAAAUUAUUUCUACGUUGAGAAACAUGUAAAAUUAGUUUUUCUUAAAUGAAGAUAUUAUUUCUUGACGCAAGGCUUUGUUUCUUGUUUCAAGAUUUAAAACUUAAUUUCAAGAAAAUUUAACUUGGUAUAAAGUGGUUAGAAAGGUUAUAUCAUUACCUGAAGAUUAUUUAUCUUGUCUUUAGAAAAAUAAUCUUAGGUUUGAGAAAAAUUAUCUUUUAAGUUCAAGCAAGUGUAUAUAAGUUUUCUUGUUUCAAAAAUCUUAAUAAAAUUUAUAUUUAUCUUGGUAAGAUUAAUACUAAUCUUGCUAAGAUUUUUAGUAAGAUUCGUUCCAUUUUUGUAAGAUUAUUUUUCUUUUAUCAAGAAUAAUUUUCUAGCCAAGAAAUAUUUUCCUAUGUAUGGGACAAAAACAAAAAUUAUCUUAAAUCAAUUUUCUUGGUAAGAUUAAAUUUCUCAAAUCAAGAAAAUUUUUCGCGAUCAAGAAAAUCUUAUCUAGAAAAAUUUUCCUAUGUAUGGGACAAGAUAAUUUUGCUUAAAUUAAGAAAUUUUUGCUCAAAACAAGUUUUUUUUUCUUAAAAUAAGCUUUUCAUUUUUUGCAGUGUAAAGUCAUGAUAGUCAACAUAAUAUAAUAGCGUAAUUCUAUACUCACGAUCGAGUGGGUCACUAUUGGAGGGUAACAUGAUACCAACAUCAAUUCAUGGCAUCAUUGGAUUGGAAACAGUGCACAACUAACACAUAUUUAAUGAUACAUAUAAAUUCAGAACUUAAAAUACUACCUACGUCCUUUUCCAUGGCCUUUAUACCGCAUUAUUUUGCUUUUCCUUUAUUCUGGUGUAAAUAGCCUGCAAGGUUAAGCUAUAAGUGUUUUCACCACGUUGUUUCGGAAAGAAUCAGUCAGUAAAAUCUUUAUUUAAGCACGGUAGCUUCAUGAGGUUUACAAACUAGUUAUCUACAUUAAGAAGUUUAAAAUUUUUCAAGCCUUUGUUACAUUAAUAUUUAUACCUGUUUUCCACGAAGGCCGUGUCUAUCGAAUAUGAUGUUUCAACAAUUGUAAGAGAUUCAGUAAGAGAUUCCGGUUGUCUUAUAUUGCUAGUUAAGCUGUUCCAUAACACCGCACCACUAUAGCUAAAGCUAUUUUUAAGAUAAUUGGUGCAGGGUAAAGGAGCAGCAAGUUUGUUCACGGAGUCUCGAAGUAUAUAAGGAGUUACAUUGUUGCGAUUAAUAAAUUUAGAACAUAGAUAUUCCGAUACAAGAUUAUUCAAACAUUUGAAAACCAUCAACGCUUUUUGAAAUUGGCGUUGUUGGUUUAGAUCAUCCCACCCUAGCUUUUCCAAUACGAUAUUGGCAUCGGCGUCAAAGUUGGAGAAGGUCAACACCCGCAUUGCACGGUUUUGAAGUUUUUGAAGUUUGUUAGAUAAAGUUUUACCACAAUUUCCCCACACGACAUUACAAUAUUCAAAAUGUGGUUGUAUUAGAGCUUUAUAAAUAACAUGCAUUGUUAUAUAGUUAGUGUCAAAGUUCAAUUUUUCUGUUUGCCGAUUGGUCAAAACCGUGUCACGUGCCGGUCCACAAAACGUCAUGUUCGGCAACCGGUCCGCAAUGAAACAUUUAUUGACUGGUCAAUAAUAAAAUGGGUGCAAUACGAAUGCGUGUCAACCACGAAGUUCCAAAGUUCAUUUUUAAACUUUUUACUAAACAUUUACGGCGUUCGAUUUAUCCAGUUUUGGUUUCAAAUUAAGUUCACUCCAAUAACCGGUGAACUAUUCAUACUUUGACACUUAUUUACUAUAUAACAAAACACUUAUUUACUGAGACCUUGGGAAAGCAGUGUGUUUUGUGGCCCCUCGACCGCCGUUGUUGCCCUCGGCUUCACCUCGGGCAACAACGGCGGUCUCGGGACCAUAAAACACACUGAUCCCCUCGGUCUCAGCAAAUAAUUGAUAAAUGUUCAUUUUUCUACUCAGUAUCGGACGCAAAAUGCAACUGCCAAUAUGAGUAUAAAAGAGUUGGGUGUUUCAAAGACGUACGGCACAAUGAAGCUCUUCCUGAGAUGUUGGCGAAUGAGAGAGACAAACACAGUGUGUAUUAUAAUGGCCAUGAUAUCAACUGGUUUGACUGGGAUAACUACAUGCAGCAAUUGGUUUGUCGUUGUGCAGAGCAAGCUCUCAAGAAAGGAUAUAAAUAUUUUGGAAUUGAGUACUGGGGUAAGUUAGAAAUUAUGACCAUAACAAGAUAGGUUUACUACCUUUUAGCUUUUAUAUUUAACGAAUGGUCUGACGCUGUGCAGAACAAUCUGCCAUAAAGAGAUUUUAAUAUUUUAAGGUGUUUUUUGAAGAUGGAAAUUUCGAAUAAAAUUUAUAAAUAUUUUAUACAUAACCAGAAGCAGUAACGAAAAAAGCAAAUAUCGCCCCUUUGGCAGGAGUUAAAUCUACGGCGUUAGGAUUCCGAUGCCUAAUCGCGCAGGGCUGCAGGUUCGAUUCCUUCCUGGUUAGGUCUAGCCAUGUAAUAAAUUUCAUUGGAAAUAUCCAUCUUCAAAAUAUAUACCUUAUCUUCUCGAUUCUAAGAUCCAUUUUGUUUUUGAAGGAUUCUAAAAAAAAUAUUAUAACGGACCGGUUGUUGUGCUAGUUUAAUCGUUAUCGAUCGAAAAAGUCAAAUUAAGUCAACUAUUCCCAACAAGCUUUUUACAAACUUAGAAAAACUUUUUCCAGAAAUCUUGUCUGUGUCAUCAGUCCAGUCGCCCGUUUAAUAAACGGUUACACGGACAAACCAAAAUAUCAGGUUAAAUUUCAAUUCAGCACAAUUUUAUACACUGCCUUAGCAUAAUCGCACUUGGCGUAUUUUUUGUGUAAAAGAGGGCUCGCAACUAGAAACUAGAAGGUCCCAAAACUGUUCGGGGCGUCAACGCAAUUUUUUAUCGCUGACAGUCGGACGCAUGAUUGAUCCGCGCGAUAGUCGUGCCCAUCAUUGAUCCGCGCCCUGAAGCAAAAAUUCAGCGAAUACUUUGCUCAUAAGAUCCGCAUUCCAAUGCGUGUCUUGCGCGUGCAAGAAUUCUGUAAACAUUUAUGGAAACCUGAAUUAUCAAUAAGUUUAAAAGGAGGGAAAUCGGUUACCAUAUAGUAACCCUGAAUGGUACUCACCGUUCCGUUUAUAUUUUCAGGCGAAUGUUGGUCAGGUCCCUCACCAGCAGCUGAUACUGAAUACAAUAAACAUGGGAAAGGUGGUGCUUGUUAUGGCCCUGGGUACCGCAUGUGUCGUCGAAAUGAUGCCAACUGCGUAGGAGCUAACUCUCACAUCUUUGUUUACGAAAUUGGUAAGUUCUCCUAAUAUUUCUAUCUAAAAUCCAGUCUUUGUUGCUAUUCUGUCGUUUUCGUCGACGUCGUUGGCUGCUGUUAGUUGUUGUUUUUGUUUGAUUAAUUAAGUUUGUUUUUGUUUUGUCGGGUUUGUUUUUAUACUGGAAUGUCUUGUUUACGCUGUUGUUGUUAUUCUUGCAUUGGUUAUUGUGUUCAUUGUUUCUGGGUCUUUUUUGCAUGUUGUUAAUUCUUGCCCUACUUACGCUGUAACUCUGUUAUUGAUAGAACUUUGUCAUGGUCACUGUGCAUGGUUAUGUGGUUUAAGUGUUUUUGUUAUUUUUCAGAAACCUAUGCAUGCGAUGUUCAUUUUGAGAAGAUUGGUUGUUAUAACGAUUACUCUCGCAACAACGAACUAGCCCUGACAGCACGUGACCACCGCAGUAGUAAAUACAUGGGAGAACCUAUUGAUUGGUGGAACUAUGAUAUUUUUCUACCAAAGUUUGCUUGCGAAUGUGCUAAAAAAGUCCUCGAGAAAGGAUAUAACACAUUUGGCCUCCAGUAUUACGGUAUGUUGAAUGCAUUGGACCAUACAUUGAUUCAAACUAAUUGAAAUGAAGUACUGUUCAUCUCUGUGAACCAAGUUAAUAUUUUACGGUAAAUUAUUAACGCCUACUCACUGUUGCCCUGAUUAAAGAGUAUCUUGCUUAUGUCAAAGUACAACCACAAAAGUUUUCACAAAAGUUAAACAACUGCCAUUGCUAUGCAAACAAUAUGACAGAUAUUUUGGGCUAAAAAAACAAACUCGAAAAAGAUUCUGACGGUAUCCAACUUUUAUUUUACGAAAUGAUUUUCCCUAGCACAAUCACAAUUAUUUUAGCAAUUAAUAAAAAUUUUCCAAGGCAACGAAAUUUUUCAUAUGAAUAAUAGCAUUAAUUUUACUAAAUUUUGACAGCCAGUGACCAAUAUGAACCCGAAACUUGGUUUUCAUUGCUAUUUCAUAUUGGAAUUAAAUAAAAAUAUUUUAAACAAUUUUUUAUUGUCACUCAAAAACUUUGAAUUAAUAUUAUCAGGCUAAUUACCUGUUAAAAAAUAUUAUCAACUGCAUCCGCAUUCCAAACUGAAUUUCUCGAGUUCAAAACCAGGACCACCCAGCGAACGCAUAGAACCUCAUGUACAAAAUCUGAUUUUUUGAGACCGAGAUAUAAAAUCAUAGAUAAAGUUAGAGAACAAUAUCUAACAAUUAUUGAAUGAGAUAGAGCAAGAUAUGAAGGAUUAUCCAGCAAAAAUUUGUGCUAGCAAGCGAAUUAAGCCGAAGACUGAGGUUGAAAACACAAAAAGAGGGUUCAGUUCGUCUAAACAACGUGUACGUCUUCUCAUUUGCAGAUAAUCUAUCCUGUUUUCUUUCAUAAAUACUGUAAAAUGUUUCAAACCUUUUAGUGGCUGUUUUUGUUGACAUUUCGUCUUAAAACUAUGCUUUAAUAAAAGCAGGGAUGUCGGAAAGGGGGCCCCAAAAAAUACGAGGUACAACGAUUAAAAAGUAUGAAUUACGGGCGAAAUGGACGUAAUAUUGAAAUAUACGUGAAUUUUUCUGGAAUAUUGCAAUUGUGUCAAAAAUUAGGUUAACUUUCAAAAUUUUGUUGCCCUUGUUUUGGUGAAUUAAGGUUCCGGAAAGUUUUUUGCCCUUGUUUUGGUGAAUUAAGGUUCCGAAAAAUUUUUCGGAAACGAAAUAUUAAUUAGUGAUUUCCCUUACGUCAACAUUGCCCCUCUGUGCCCUACCCUCGCUCCGGCGUCCCUGAAUAAAAGUCGUUUCCUUCGAGCAUUCAAACCCGGCCGGAGGCGUGCAUAUCUUUUAAAUAAAUAAUAAUAAUAAAAGUUAAUUAGCUAAAGUUAUCACUACAAUCUUCUUUCAUUAUAUUUCGCGCGUUUGGGGAAAGCCUUGACAGCCGCCAUUUUUUUUAUACUUUGGAGAGAAAUGUUCGCUUACUCCCGCUUCCUCACCCAUCCUCCUAUAAAAAGUCCUUAAAACGUUGCAGUUUUGCCUAAAAAUUAACACGCAAUAGCUUUUGAUUAAAACAUUAGUGUGUGAAGUUAAUGAAAGCUCUCUUGGUCUAUCUAGGAGAAUGUUGGACAGGACAGAAAUUUGAAGACAAAUAUUAUCAUGGGCAAGGCGAAUCCAGAAGAUGCAUUAACAAAUGUUAUCAAAGAUGCAAACGUUGGGACAGAUUCUGUAUUGGUGAAGGUUUCGCUAACACUGUUUACCGCAUUAGUAAGUAUAUAUUUCUAUACAGGGGCGAAACUACUAGGGUGUGUGGGCAGGGGGGGGGAUGUGACACUCCCCAUUCUCUAUCUCCUCUGGUAUAUGCCUACAAUUUCGUCGGACAAAUUUUGAAAAUAUUUGGAUUGAAAAGUAAUAGUUGUAGGGAAAAUGUUGAUAAAUUUACGAAAAUAUUACUCAAAAUUUUUACAAAUUACGAUAAAUUAUUUCGAAAUUUAGUGAAAAAUGCUAUGUCGAGCGAAAUGUGAGUGGGAUUUAUAAGAAUUUUUCAACCAUUCAGUUUAUAUUUGGUCUGUAGCCUACAUAAAAAUAACAUCAUGAGCAAAUGUCCCGAAGUGUUAAAACAUUCUGGGGUCUUGCCAGAGAAUCGGACAUGGCUACUUUGAGAAGCUAAGAAACUUUUUUUUCAUGGUUUAUUACAAAUUGCCAGUUAACAUUAUUAUCCAGCAGGUUGUUUAUGACAUGCUUGAUCAAUGUCAUCAUUGACAAUGGUUUACUUUCAACAUCCUGACCGCAAUAACAUAUUUUCCUCCUAUCUAUAUACCCAGGCUUCUAUCCAUAUCCUAAAGUUGGAUUACACAGUUAUUAGGUAUAAUUAGGUUACAAAAUGAUCAUUGAAAUGGGAGGGAGGGGGGAGGGUUAAGGAUUUGCUGAAACGAGAUCUUAAUUGUUAUAACAAGUUUAGAACGAAAGCCUCAACUUUAAUUUGCCAUUGUUUUUGACAACUAGAACGUAAUUUGGAAAUGGGUUAUUGUCAUUUAGAUGUCUAUCUUUUCGUAAUCAUGCCAGACAUACGAAAUGACUAAGCACAGUAUAUGAUGAAAUAUCUCUAAUCCAAAUGGAUGGCGCUGAUUUUUAGUUGAAAAUAAAAAUAUCCAAAUAUAUCUUCCAGUCAAUUUGUAAACUAUACUGUACUUUGCAGUAUAUGUGACGUCAAUAUAUAUAUAUAUAUAUAUAUAUAUAUAUAUAUAUAUAUAUAUAUAUAUAUAUAUAUAUAUAUAUAUAUAUAUAUAUAUAAUAGAAAAUUCCAUCGGCUCUUAUCAAUUCCCCCUAAACCUUUGGAAUUUAGAUUUUGAGUACCAUUCUAAUAAUUCUGCAUAAUGAACAAAUCAAAUUCGCCUGUGAGAGGUAGCCGGUAGUUGAAGUCAAAUCUGAACUUCCCUAAUGUUCCAGGAACAAGGCCGUCGCGUGCAGUGUUCCUUUAUGGGGGGGGGGGGAGUAAGCAACAAAAAACCUACCUGAUUUUUACCUAGUUCAUAAUUUUACCUGAAAAUAACUUUAACCAUUUAACAAUUAUUCGCCGAAGGCGAGGUGAUUAUCGGGAAAUAUUCGCCGAGACGAAGUCGAGGUGAAUAUUCACCGAUAAUCACCGAGCCUGAGGCGAAUAAUUGUUUUAGUAUUUUUACACAAGCUUUUGUGUUUUUUGAGACUAAAUUUAUUUUAAUUUCGCUUAUUUCUUUGUCAGUAAACUUCCACAAAACAGGUAGCCGCCAUUUUGAAAUUCACCUGUAUAGGUGAAUAUAACAGCUUAUUACGUCAAUUUUGACCAAUCAACGUGUAGGAUUUGUUAUGUUCACUUGUGUUAAAAUACUAAGAAUUAAUAUUUCUUUUCCCAAGCUUUAUUAUAUUCACAAUUAUGUUCACAUUUAUAAUCCCCUCCCCCACUCCACCCCCGGUCGCUACGGCCCUGUCCAGGAACAUCAACUUAUGGCAGCUUACAAAUAUUAUUCCACACAAUUUGAAUCACUUUAGCUCACCCUGACUGUGAAAUGAAAUAUGAAGGCUUGGGCUGUUACAAUGCAGUUGACCGUAGGAAUGAUAUGGCAAUGUCGGUGCUCUUAUUCAAUGAAAUGUCUCCGCGCAUUGGGAACUUCAAUGGCUAUGUGAUGCAGUUUGAUGAAUCCUGGGAAGCAAUGUAUCCACAAUUGUUAUGUCGUUGUGCCCGAGCCGCUGAAGAAAAAGGAUACAAGAACUUUGCUAUUCGAAACAAAGGUAGGAGAUUUGAAAAUAUUCAACAUCUUCGGAGUUGUGGUUGUGCACUUAUCAAGAAAAUAAUGACUACCAACACAGAAACUCUUAAUUCCAUUCUAUCUUUGAUAAGCUCUAUAGUUCAUGUCAUCUAUCAACCUCACCAUUACAUUUCUCCCCCUCUGCUUUCCUGUGCUCUCUACAACCUCCGUCCGAAAUAUUCUUCUUAUAACUGAAUUUCUUAUAUCAUCGCUCGAAAAUCGGUUUGGUUGUGGAAGGAGGCUAAAAAACACUAAUGGCUCCGAUGACAGGCUAUGCACCGGUAAUUUGUCAAGCAGAAACUGGUGCAUUUAAUAAUUUAGCAAUUUAAAUCACUUUAAUUAAACCUUUAAACUUGUAAAAUCGUAGGUACAACAGGUUACCCAUGCAAUUACUGUACUCCAACUAAAGUUUUAAAAAGCUAUGUUGCAUUGUAAAAAGUCAAAUAUUUUAAACAGUUUAGACAAACAAGGGUCAAUAGCCGACAACCAUAGUUUUAAAAUAACAACAAUGCGGUUUUUUAUGCAACAGAUGUGCGGAUUUACAUUUUACACAAAUUGAUUUCCAUGCUCUGCAGUCAUCAAUGUCGUAAACAGCUCUUCCAGCAUCUUUAUAUUAACUAUUUGCCUUUAAAACCGGUUUGAUUUAAAAAGUGUUUGAUCUUCUAGUGUUAGUUAGCGUGGCAAUAUAUUUCACAAUUUAGCUACUCUUACGAAGUAGCUAGUUUGAUAAAUCGUGGUUCAGAAAUUCCUUACAAGUAACUGCCUCCCCCUGCCUGUACUGCUACCUGGCAUCUUGCUGUAAUAUAAAACGCUGUACAGACGCCUGAAGGUAAGGACACUAAACCAUUGAGAACUUCUGAAGCAAAUAACAUAUAGUUCAAGCCAGUAGGUACAGGUUAAAUAUCCAAAGACAUUAAAAUCAUUGAAUAAUUUUUGCAAUCACUGCAAGGAUUUCACAUGCAGUAACUGGAUCAUUUAAUCAUUUUGCACUGACCUUCAUAAGUGUCCCACUGUGACUUCUUUGGUAAGUCUUCUUACUUCUUCUGUUCUUGGAGGAGCUACACUCCCCUUACUUCACCCCGGUUCUGUCGCUUAUAGAGUACUAGGGAGCUUUAGCAGCGACUACGAGUACGAGAUUCGUCAAGCGAAACGCACGCUGUAUAAUAUGCUUACGUCAUCCCGUACUGACCCGAAAACUCGCAGCAGUCGUCCAUUUGAGUACGAAAUUUUGAAGAAAUAUCGUAGUCCUCACGACGACUUUUUAAAAAACAAAGAAAGUUUUUUUUCUUUUCUGCAAAAAUUAAGCGCUUAUCCGGUAAAUAAUCUACUAAUUCUAAAUAUCUGGCUUGUUUUUAACUUCACUUAUAUUCAUGACUUAUUUGCACUUAAUUCAUGAAUAUAAUUAUUGUUCCUCAUAGAAGGGGCUAAUCUUGCAGGAAAUUUUAACCUGCAUGAGAUUUAGCUUAUAGAUUUAGCUUACCGCUAUAAAACAGAAAGGAGAACGACUACGACUUCCUCGCACGCGAUCAAAGAUUCAAAUCUCGUACUCGCACUCGCUGCUAAAGCGGCCUAUUUUUAGUUCUUUCAAACGGACACAACAGCUGGAGAUACGAUGAGCACAUGGGGAAGCUGUCCAUCUUGUCUUUUACUGGACGUGGAAAUAAGAAGAAAGAUAUUUUUCGUUUUAUAUUAAUUAUAUUAAUUCUUAAUGUUUCAAAACAGGCGAGUGCUGGAGCGGACCAAGUUCUGGGCAGUCGUAUAUGGAACGAUAUGGAAGAAGUGAACAUUGCAUUCGUAAAGCAUCUGAUCCAUGUGUAGACAACAUGUUGUGUGCUGGGGAUGAAAAUAGUAUCAGUGUUUACAAGAUAUUGGAACAUGCAAUUCAAAUAGGAAAAUAGAGGAACCGAGAAGACGAUUCAUUAAACUUUGCGAAACGGUUCGUCAUGUAAUUAUUUAUUUACUUUCUUUACUUAAUGUCGCUUUAUUUUGUUUCGUUACUUCAUUCUUAAUUAAGGUGCACUGGUGUCAUUUUAAUUAACUUUAUUUAAUUCUUACUUAUUUUGCGUACCCUCACGUUACGUGACAUUGUUUAUUACUUUGCAUUACUGUAUAUGCUUAACAUUAGUUCAGACAUUCCACUUUUCUUGGGAAGCAAUUUUGACCAAAAACUGAGGAAAUAUUAUCAUACCAAAGCUGUGGCUCUGAGAAUAUCAUAAAACGUGUUUAAAAUGCGUUUCGUUGACUAAAAAUAGAACCACCGGGGGGACCACGCCACCGAACGUUCGAACAACUACGCAGAUUUUAUAUUAUUUUUUAAAUAACGUCACUUGAACUUCAGUUAUUGAACUGCGGUAACAAUUACAAGAUUAAGGAGCAAAGGCCAAGAUCCAAACUAUAUUUGAAGGUCGGAUGUGAGACUAGGAAGAUACUUUAGAUAAAAAAAUUACAGACAACAGCUUUCAGUUUCAAAAGCUACUCAGAUGCGACCUUAUAUCUUUUAACGAGUCAAAUUAUAUCGGAACUUGGUAUAGAUGAAAGCUUACAAAACUUUAAAAUACCAGAAAUACAGUAAUUGAUCAUGCGUCAAACAUAUAGACAUUUUCUAGAUACCCUAUACCCCUAUUUUCUUCAGGAACUAUUUGACGCUGUCAAAAGAUGAGUUAUUAAGACCAAAAUUCUUCUUUUUACGCGAGCAUGCCCCCGGGGCCCGGACGCCCACAAAUUGUGAUUCGCAAAUUAUUCACUUCCACCUCCCCAUCAAAAAAAUACUGGCUGCGGAACUGCAUUUACUUUAAGUUUUCUAUUGCUGUCUACUGCAACAUACUUAUCUCUAUAUUUAACUUUCAUUCAUUGACCUUAAGGAGGCUCCCUACAGUUAUUGGCAGAAUUUGAAGUUGAUUUAGUCAGACGUCAUUUUCGCGUCGUGCGCGUGGAAAAUUCGUGGUGUUUUUUACACAAGCGGACAAACCGGCGAAAUAAUUUUUGAGUGCUCAUCUUGAAAAGAACGACACCAGCAUUUUUUUAUCGUACGUAGUUGAAAUUAUUAAAAGUACAUAUGUUGUUGACCAGUUAUUAAACUUUUGUUUGGUAUAUUUUUCACGUUUUAACAGUUAGUAUUGGUUUUUAAAAAGUUCAAAAUCUUCGACUUAUCAAAAGUCGAAACAAUAUUAAUUAAAUAUGUUUUUGAAAUGCUGGACUACAAACAAUAAUAUGACAAUUAUGUGUCACUGUAAUAUUUAUUUAUGUAAUAGUUAAUAUCGAGACUUCGUCUUCAUAUUCAACUUGACUCGUCUAGCGUUUUGUUUUUAAUGUUAUAAAAGUAGAUUCACUUCAUGAAACAGAUCUUUAGCGAAAUAACUUUAAUAGUCUUGAAUAGUUUUACGGGUUUUCAACACAAUCACAACAAGUGCAAAUUUAGAAGUUUAGGGCAAAAUAGUUUUUCCAUUCUUACCGUUUCAGAUAUACAUGUACUCUACUUUCUGUUUUCAAUAAUCUCAAACAAAUCAUAAAUAUUAUGGAAGUCAGAUUUCAUAAAUUUUGAAAACAAAAUAUGUAAAUCUUAGCCCCACGCGUGGGAAUAGUCCCGCGCGGAAAUUGAAAUCCUGAUUUUUCCGACGUCAUACGCAAGAAAACAAGUGCAUUUUUCUCUUGUUUCCUUCGGUAAACUUUUUUAAAACUUUGCACACUUUACGGCAAUCACAAAAUGCAUAAAAUAUGUGAUUUAAAAAAAAAUCGUACGAGCCGAAUUUUUUUAAUUCCAAAAACAGGGUUUUUUGAAAAUUAAAUAAAAUUGGCUCGUACGAUUUCUGUAAAAAACUCUUUUUUGAUAGAAUUAUACAUUAGAUCCUUGUGUGCAGAAAAUUAAAAACUUUUACCGAAGGAAAUUCUAAAAAUCUGAAAAAGAAUGUAAAAAUAAGGCCUUUUUCAAAUUGCCUUGUUGCCAUGGUAACAAAACAAUAUGAAAAUAUUUAUCACUUCUCGUAUUCCAGUGUACUGUAACAAUGUUGUCUCCAAGUUUCGUUAGCAUACGUUUUAAGCAAAAGAAAUAAUAGACCUUAAAGUGCUAUUGACUGUUCUUAGUUAAAAAACUGUAGGGAGCCACCUUAAGUUUCAUUAUUUCCUGUUAGUACCAAGUACUCAUGUUCACUUUCAACUGUUCGAAAUAGAAUUUCAGAAUAAUUAAUUUCAACCUUUUGUUUUUCUUCAGGUAAUGGACAUAUCGAUUAUGGACAAUCCACAUUUAAAUUAAUAUCUAAAGUAGUUUUAAGAAAUUAGUUUUAAGAAGGUGUAAGCAAUUAUAACGGUAAUCUUAGAUGUAUUAGCUAAAAACAGAC